AUGGUGAAGAUGACCGGACUGAAGGAGCCGGGGAGUCCGCUCGGCUCGCCCCCGCCUGGCAAGGGCCGGGCCCGGAGCCGGGUGCGAUGGGGUUUCCUGCUGCUAGUGUCUGUGCUGGUGUACGGCUCGCAUGCCCCCCUCAUCAGCUGGUGUAAGAUCGACGGGCAGAUUCCCUUCAGUUCGUCUUCAGUCGUCGUCCUCAUCGAGCUGGCUAAGCUCCUCGUGUCAAUCGCGCUGUGGACAGCCCAGGACCGCGGUGGCAAGGCGGGCGUUACGCUCUCUGCCCGUGGUGUGUGCCCCCUGGCCAUCCCCGCUCUCCUCUACGCCCUCAACAAUAACCUGGUGGUGCACAUGCAGCGCCACAUGGACCCCAGCACCUUCCAGGUGCUCAGUAACCUCAAGAUCGCCAGCACAGCUGUGCUGUACACCAUCCUGCUGCACAAGCCCUUGUCUCUCCUCAAGUGGCUGGCACUGUUCUUGCUCAUGGCCGCCGGCGCUUGCCAAACCUACAGCGGCUUCAGCAGUCGGCAGGAGCCGUGGACGGAAACGCACCUGUACAUCACCAUGCAGGGGCUGGCCAUGAUGCUGGUGUAUUGCACCAUAUCCGGCCUCUCUGCCGUCUUCACCGAACGCAUCCUGAAAUCCCAGCAGCUGCCGCUCAACCUGCAGAACCUGUUCCUGUACCUGUUUGGGUUGCUGAUUAAUCUGGGGGUUCACCUGGCCAGCUCUCCGGACGGAGGCUUCUUUCAGGGGUACUCGGUGUGGGUGGGCCUGAUAAUCAGCACUCAGGCCCUCAACGGCCUGCUCAUGUCCGUGGUCAUGAAGUACGACACCAACAUCACUCGUCUCUUCGUCAUCUCCUGCUCCAUGUUGGUCAACACCACUCUCUCCGUCUGCUUCUUCUCGUUACAGCUCACACCGCACUUUCUCGUGGCUGUGCUGCUGGUGUCUCUGGCCAUUCACCUGUACUAUCGGGUUAAGUAGCGGUGAGAAGGGGAGGUGGUGGUGGUGGGAAGGCAAACAUUCUCUCAGACAGAGGCUGAAAGCCUGGCGGCUCAUUGUGAAUACGAAAACAAUGCGGAUAUCAGGUCUCGAGUGCUGCGUCUCUCGUUCUCUCUCUAACUGUCUCUGUGUGUCUGCCUCUCUCUCUGUCCAUGUACUGACCUGGAUAAGAUCUUUCCAACUUGCGCUGCUUGAGUGAAACCACCGCCCUGGUUAGGCUGGUGCUGUGGUAGCUCUCACCUCUGAGUCAGGAGGUUGUGAGUUCAAGCCGCAUAGUCUUAACGCCACUCUGGGCAUGUGUUGCAUCAUCGGAGGUGCCGUACUUUGGAAGAGAUGUUAAACCUCACUCCCCGUCUGCCUAUUCAGGUGGACG